AACAAACAGAGACCCACCGGAGUUUCGCUGUGCGGCAGUGAUAGCGGUCCGGGUAGAAAGUGGGUGAAAGGUCCAGCAGUGACAGCAGCACACAAACACACAAACACCUUCUGCAGAGCCACCGGACACCAGCAGAGCGGAAAGCGAAAAUGUCUAAACAGCAGCCGAUCAGUCCGAUGAAGAACUUCUUCGCCGGAGGUUUUGGAGGAGUCUGCCUCGUCUUCGCCGGACAUCCACUCGACACCAUUAAAGUGCGUUUACAGACUCAGCCCAAACCCAAACCCGGAGAGCGCCUCCUGUACGCUGGAACCAUCGACUGCUUCAAAAAGACCUUAGCCAAAGAGGGUGUGAAAGGACUCUACAGAGGCAUGGCGGCACCCAUCAUUGGAGUCACGCCCAUGUUUGCCGUCUGUUUCUUUGGAUUCGGACUGGGCAAGAAGCUGCAGCAGAAGACCCCUGAUGAUAUCCUCACGUAUCCACAGCUGUUCGCCGCUGGGAUGUUGUCUGGUGUGUUCACGACGGCCAUCAUGGCUCCUGGAGAGCGCAUCAAAUGCCUCCUACAGAUCCAGGCAUCGUCAGGAGAGGUGAAGUAUGCGGGACCCAUGGACUGUGUCAAGCAGCUGUACAGACAGUCGGGGAUCAGAGGAAUCUACAAAGGCACCGCUCUGACUCUCAUGAGAGAUGUUCCAGCCAGUGGGAUGUACUUCACGUCCUACGAGUGGUUGAAGAACGUCCUGACACCAGCAGGAAAAAGCCAUAAUGAGCUCAGCGUUCCCAGCGUGCUGUUUGCCGGGGGGAUGGCGGGGAUCUUUAACUGGGCUGUUGCGAUUCCAGCCGACGUGCUCAAGUCUCGUUUCCAAACAGCUCCUGAAGGAAAGUAUCCCAAUGGUUUCCGGGACGUUCUGCGGGAGCUGGUCAGGGAGGAGGGCAUGGGCUCGCUGUACAAGGGCUUCAAUGCUGUCAUGCUGAGAGCUUUCCCUGCAAACGCAGCCUGCUUCUUAGGAUUUGAGUGUGCAAUGAAGUUCCUGAACUGGUUAGCACCAGACCUGUGAUGAAGGCUGAGCGUCGCCUCCAAUGUGAAUCCCAGGAACAGAACUCUUGAACCCAACUGAGUUAUUAGCAGUACGAACACACACAGUGAAUCAAACAAUACCAAGAGAUUUUACUUUUAGCAAUUUUCCAAUAAUGUACUUGAUACUGUUUAAAACCCUGUGGUACUGUAGAGCACGUGGAUCAUUCAGACCUGCUGAGGGAUCAGAGCUGAGACAUUGUGAUGACUCUGCACUUGUGCCAGUAUACACACACACAGACAGUCGAAUGUUCUCACUCCUUUUUGUUUUACUUGUUUUUCUGUUUCUGUUAUUUUUUAUAGAAGACGAGGAGUGAACUGAACAUGUCGUGCCUUACCUUUUGUUAUCUGCGAGCAGGUGUACAUAUCAGGGAAAAGGUGCAUUUUGUUGUACUGUGUGUGUUCAGUCUCUCAGCAAUACACACCUUUCAAACUGUCUGCUGCUUCCUGUGUGGUCACCGAUACUAACUACACUUUUCUGUUUGUUUAAAUGUGAAAUGAUGAAGGUAGUCAUAAUGAGAUUGAUUGAACAGUAUGUGAAUGUCAACAUAGAAAUAAAAUAAAAACAGAUUCCAUAUUUA